AUGUUAAUAUCAAUAUGUAUAUCUUUAUUAAUACUUCCAUUAUUUGCAACAUUUGAUAUUGAAAAUCGCUUUUCAUAUUGUUUAAAAAAUCUUCAACGAAUGUAUUAUUUUAUAAUUCAAGCUUUUUUAUCUCAAGAUCAAAUGAAUGCAAAAGUAUCACUUUCACAUACAUCGAUUAUUGAACAAGUGUUUCGUCAAACAAUGAUUAUUAUUCAACUAAGGAUUGCUGAAGCUCAAUAUGAACCAUCAAGAUUAGUAGAAAAAAUUUUUUAUCGAAAAUGA